AUGGAGUACCACGCGCCGGCGCCACAGCGCAUGGUGCUGUGUGCCGAUUGUGGUGUACCUAUUGAGCCGAACAAUGCGAAUCUCUGUGUGAACUGCCUGCGCAACUCGAUUGAUAUUACGGAGCUGAUUCCGAAGCAGGCGACGAUCAACUUUUGCCGCAACUGCGAGCGCUACCUGAACCCGCCGAGCACCUGGGUGAUUGCGCAGCUCGAGUCGCGUGAGCUGCUGGCGAUAUGCCUGAAGAAGCUCAAGGGUCUCAAGUCAGUGCGUUUGAUUGACGCCAACUUCAUCUGGACGGAGCCGCACAGCAAGCGUUUGCGGGUGAAGCUGACUGUGCAGAAGGAGGUGUUCACGUCGACCAUCUUGCAGCAAGUCUUUGAGGUGGAGUUCGUGGUGCAGUACGGCCAGUGCCCCGACUGCACACGACUCGCUGCAAAGAACAUGUGGAAGGCGUCUGUGCAGGUGCGCCAAAAGGUGGCGCACAAGCGCACCUUUUUGUACUUGGAGCAGCUGAUCCUCAAGUACAAUGCGCACCGCGAGACUGUAUCGGUGCUAGAGAAGAAGGAUGGCCUCGACUUUUUCUAUACGCAGCGUGCGCAUGCGAUCCGCAUGUGUGAGUUUCUUGCGAGUGUGGUGCCGACGCGGGUGACCAAGUCGGAGCAGCUAAUCAGCAUGGACGUGCAUACGAGCGCGAGCAACUACAAGUUCACGUACAGUGUGGAGAUCGUGCCACUGUGCAAGGACGAUCUGAUCUGCCUGCCGCUGCCGAUAGCGCGCUCGCUCGGGCACAUUGGGCAGUUUGUGCUGCCGUUCCGUGUGAGCAACGUGAUCAAGCUGAUCGACCCCGUGUCGCUGCAGCUCGCGGAUCUCACCGCGGAAAAGUACUGGCGCGAGCCGUUCCCGGCGCUCUGCACGAUACCCGAGAUGGUCGAGUUCCUGGUGCUCGACAUUGAGCCGACCGGUGAGACGGCGCACGGCCCCCACGGGCAGAGCAUGCCCAAGUUUGCGGGUGCGGAGGCGCAAGUGUCGCCGAUGAACUCGACGUCGUUUGGUGAUGCGGACGCGGUCUUCCAUGUGCGCACGCACCUGGGCAACAUUUUGCAGCCGGGCGACACAGUGAUGGGCUACUACCUCGCCACAGCCAACUUCAACUCGCCCGAGUGGGACGCCGUGCCCGAAUCGCGGCGGCCGGACGUGGUGCUUGUGAAGAAGAGCUACCCCGAGCGCAAGCGCCGCUCGAAGCGCACGUGGAAGCUGAAGAGUAUCGCGAAGGAGGCCGAGGACCCGAAUGCGGACGAGAACGCGGUUGGCCGCGGCGCCCUGGGUCGCCGCGGCGGUCUGGACUCGCAGCGUGUCGAGCGCGACUAUGAACUGUUCUUGCGCGAGCUCGAGGAGGACGAGGAGAUGCGCUCGAACGUGAACCUGUACAAAGACCGCGAGCGCAUCGCGCACGAGGAGGCGAAGAAGGCGCGCCGCGCCCUCGCGUACCGCGAGCCGCAGGACAUGGACGAGGACGGCGCCGACGAGGUGGGCGACGACGGCGCGACCACCGACAACGAAAGCGAGUACGGCUCGGACAGCGAGCUCCCGCGCGUGCAGCUGGACGAGUUGCUCGACGACAUGGACGAGAUGGCCAUUGAGGAAUAG